AUGGAAUAUCUUUUAUCAAACCCUUUGAACGGAACUAUGAAGAGGUUCCAGAGAACGAGAAAGGGCCACAAGAGAAUCAAUUGGUCGGGGCCAAACCGGAACAACAUGGACACUGUCCGGUUAGGAGGCAGCCCUCGACGAGCUUGGAGGAUCAGGGUUGUCCCGAAAAUGAGGUUCAAGAGGGUGUUAUCAUCGCCUUCGAGACUAUGGAAGAAGCUGAAGACAGGGUAUGUGAAUAUGAUGCUGAAUUUGGCGAAAAACCAGAGUGCAAAUGUAUUCGGGGGUAAGAGGAUUCCAAUGGGUCGUCAAUUUCCAACUGGUUCUUACACUUCUGCUGAGUUUGAUAAAAGACUAGUUCUGGAGAUUUACAAAUCACUUGUGGCUUCUCGUGAAUGCACUUAG